GCGGGAGAGCCUGGCGCAGUCGGGGCCUGGCGGGAACUCCACCCGUUCCGGCCCCUGACGGCUUAGGAGAGGAGCGGGCCGCCGUGACUACGAGAAGGUCGAGGCCACAUCCGCGGUCCUGUGGCGGCGGCCUGCGCAGUCAGCCUGCGUCCCGCCUGCCCUCAACUGCGCGGCCGCGGGUGCGUCCCAGAUGUGGGGAGCGAGGGCUUCUGCGGGGUCUCGGCCUCGUCAGAGGCGCUGGCCGCGGUUUCCGACCGGUCCCCGGCGCGGGCUGUCGGGCUCAGCUCCUCCCUUUUCUUACCCCGUUAGUGUAUUGGUAGAAAUGGCGUCGGGAGGAGACAGCCCCGCAGACGCUUAAAUGAAAAUGGUACAUAUUAGAAGACAUGAGACAAGGAAAAACUCCAAAACCCAAAUGCCUGAGCAAAAAUCUCGAGUUGAUUGGCGGCGGACUAAAAGAAGCAUCUCACAGUUAUUCGAUAGCGAUGAAGAUCUCGAUAGUGAUGAAGAAUGUGGGAGCGAUGAAGAGCUUGAUAGUAGUGAAAGUGUUGAUGGUGAUGAAGAGCUUGAAAGUAAUAAGAAACCUGACAUUAAUGAAGCACCAGAAAAGGAAGCAGAGUAUAGAUUGAUCAAAGUUGAAAGUGAGGGAAGCAGCAAUCAGCAUCUCACUAGCACUGGCAAGAGUUCAGCAGAUGAAGAAAAAAUGAACAGAAUCAAACAUACUGACUUACCAGAUCAUGAAACACAUCCAUGUCAAGAGGGGCAUGAUCUCAACAAGCACACUGGACAAAUCAUAGAAGAAGAUUUAGAAGAAGAACACAUCAAGCCAGGGAAAAGAAAAAGGCUGUCUUCUGUGAUGUAUGACAGCGAUGAGAGUGAUGGCAGUGAUGUCCUAGUUAGAAGAGCGGGUGCUAAACGCCCACGCAGGGUGAUUGAAGAUGACUGUUCUCCAGUGGAAACGGAGCAAGAAAACCCGGAGAAGUCAUUAGCUGCUCGAAAGCAAGAACAUCAGCAGAAGCUGAAGGAACUCUCAGAGAGAUUCCGCCAGAGGCGCAGUAGUGGUAGAGAUUUUGAGGACUGUAAAGAAUCUUGCUCAAGCACUGAUGAUGAAGAGGAUGACAAAGAGGAUGACGAAUCUGAUGAAAAUGGAGAUGAUUAUAUGAGUGAUGAUUUUGUAGUGAAAGAUGAGGAGGCUGACAAUGAUAACAGAAAUCAGCAAGGAGAAAAAUUGUCUACAUCACAACUGAAAUUAGUAAAACAGAAUUCUCUUUAUUCGUUUAGUGACCACUAUACGCACUUUGAAAGAGUUGUGAAGGCUCUUCUGAUAAAUGCUUUCGACCAGUCUUUCCUGGGAACUUUGUAUGAUGGCACCAGGCAAAAAUCAUAUGCAAAAGAUAUGUUAACAUCUCUUGAUUAUCUGGAUAAUCGCUUUAUUCAACCCCGUCUAGAGAGUUUAGUCUCUAGAAGUCGAUGGAGAGAGCAAUAUAAGGAGCAGGUUGAAAGUCAUUUUAAUUUAAGAAUCCGGUCGAAGAAUCCUGAACACUGUUCCUGCCAUGCUUGUGGAUUGCAUCGCCAUUGUAAAUAUUCAGUGCAUCUGUCUGGAAAAUUAUAUGACGAGAGAACUAUGGAGACAGAUGAUUUCAUGUCACAUGACCAGCAGGUAUUUAUUGUUGGCAGAAUUUGUGCUAAUCGUACUAGAAUUUAUCAUAUACUGAAACAUUUUAAAUUCAAACUCUAUCAAGAAUGUUGUUCCAUUGCAAGAAAAGAAGCAGCUGAAGAUGAACAGGUUAAAGAAACAGUGGAAAGAGUCUUCAGUCAGUCAAAAGAACGUGGCUGGAUUAAAAAGAAAUAUGACCAACUUCAAGAACAUCUCAAUUCUGCGGAUUAUUUUCAGGAUGAGAAGUUUGACUGAAUUAUAUCCCAUUUCCUUCAGAGAAGAUUUUAUAAAUUCCUGUAAAUGUAACAAUCAUGAGUCAUGUUUCUUUGUAUCAUGUGACAUAUGGAUUGUAUAUUAUGUGUAUCUUCAUGACUAAAUAAAUAUUUACAUGUUGAUCUAAAUUCGCAUGAAAUGUCACUGUAUGGUCUAAUACAACUUUUAUCUAUGUACAUGGAAAACAUAGCCCUAUGAUUUUAACGUUCAUGAAUGUAUUUUAAAUGUAGGUAACAAUGCCUCAUGAGCAUCAAGUGAAUGAGCUGCUAUGUCCGAUCAGUUUAGUAGAGAUAUGCUGUAUUUAAAAUGUAUUCAAACUGACCUGGAGAUGGUUCAUUCCACAUAGUAUUUGCCUUACAAGCACGAGGUCCUGAGUCAAUCCUCAGAAUCGUGGCUUUUUUUUUUUUUUUUUU